UGCAGACUGCUUCUACAAACAUUUGUAAAAGAAUGGCAAUAAGUCCAUCCUUGAAAUGUCUUUGCUACUAAAUAUUCCACGAUCAACUGUUAGUGGUAUUAUAACAAAGUGGAAGCAACUCGGAACAGCAACUCAACCACAAAGUGGUAGGCCAAUUAAAAUAACAGAGCGGGGUCAGCACAUGCUGCAGCACAUAGUGAGCAGAAGUUGCCAACUGUCUGCAGAGUCAAUAGCUAAAGACCUCCUAACUUCGUGUUCUCUUCAAAUUAGCACAAUAACAGUGCGCAGAGAGCUUUAUGGAAUGGGUUUCCAUGGUCGAGCAGCUGCAUUCAAG